AUGACUACGAGAUAUCGCGUUGAGUGUAAGUUUCCGUCUCACCGCCUAUUGUAACAGCGAUGCUUACACGUCUCAGACGCCCUCAAGGUAUGUUCUACAGGCACAGUGCUAUAAGGCAUCACAGUACUAAUACAGUGCUGUAGACCCACAGAAGAGAUCAAUUUGUACGUUUUUCUGCCAUAGCCAUGUCUGAUACCCAUUAACGCUCGAUAGAUUGAAUGGAUCAAAGGACUGCUGGCAGUGCCUUUCGUGCUGCUCUCGCAGCCGACCCACAUUCAGGACGAUGACAAGCCGACUGUUGAUCUCAUGGCCAGAUCCGCCAACGAGCGGUAUGGCCAGAUCAUGCAAGACGUCGAGGAGCUUGUGGCCGAGCACAUCGCCCACGAGAAGCCCAACAGCAAUAAGCCACCAAGCACCAGGUCUAAGUUGAGGAUGCUCGUUCCUACCGUUGGCACGUUCUUCACAGCGUUGCCACUGAGAGACGCCUUUUCCUGGCAAGACGAGCGUCGAUCCAUCUCCAGUCGGCGGUUUGUGGCACCCAGUUUCAACGACAUUCGGCUUAUCUUGAACACCGCCCAGGCCAUGUCCCUCGUCCGAGACAGCAAGCUGGAACUCAUGACCUUCGAUGGAGAUGUCACCUUAUACGAUGACGGCGAGUCACUGAGACCCGACAACGAGUGCAUACCCCGAAUCAUCCAGCGCAUGAAGGCGGGAGUGAGGGUCGGCAUAGUGACCGCAGCGGGUUACACUGAAGCCAAGCGCUACUACGAGCGACUAUACGGACUCCUCGAUGCUCUGGCCACCAACAAGAUACCUGCCCGUCAGCUAGUAGUUAUGGGUGGUGAAGCAAACUUCCUCUUCUGCUACAAUCCGCAUGCCGAAUACAAGCUCGAUCCAGUACCAAUGGAGGACUGGCAGCUGCCCGAGAUGCGCAACUGGACCGAAGAGAACAUCGCCGCCCUUCUUGAUGUCGCCGAAGAUGCUCUGAAGAAAUGCGUUUCUGCACUUAACAUACCUGUGAACAUCCUUCGCAAAACCCGCGCAGUUGGCAUCUACCCUCCCACAGGCACGAGGCUCAGUCGCGAGACGCUGGAAGAGACCGUCCUCGUUGUACAGCGAAUCCUCGAGCUAAGCCCAGCGGGAAGCCGCCUUCCUUUCUGUGCUUUCAACGGCGGCAACGACGUUUUCGUGGACAUUGGCGACAAGUCCUGGGGCGUGAUGGCCUGUCAGCGAUACUUCGGUGGAAUUGAGGGUGGAAGAAGCUUGCACGUCGGUGAUCAGUUCUUGAGCGCUGGCGCCAAUGACUUCAAGGUACGUAGACAAAUCUUUCUUCUUCUUGGAGAAACAUCGGCUGACUGGAUUCAAUAGGCACGACUUGCCUGCACAACCGCCUGGAUUGCCAGUCCCACCGAGACCGUUGCACUGCUGGACGAAAUCCAGCAGCUGUACGAGAUAGAUCGGAAGGAGACAUAA